CGUUAACAACAGGGUACAACGUCAGCAGGUGACUUGGGCGAAUCGACAGAAAACGGGCAAUAUAGCGAAUCAAUCAAGCUGAACAACGGCGAGGAAGUAAAGAGACAAACAGCGAAUCAGCUGAACGCGCGGGGAGAUGUUUUUAGGAAAGAGCGGGGAAGUGAGAGGGCCGAGCAUGGGAAUCGCCCGCGGAAUGUUGGUGUCGCAUAGCCUGCGCUGCUGCCUCGCAAGUGCCAACAAGGAAUUGCCGUCGUGUAUGUGAGCAGAACGUAGAUGAGACAUCGGCGUCUGCGUAUGAGCACGCGGAGUGGAGAGCGAGUGAAAGAGAGGAGAAAGGACAGAAGAGCGCGAGGGUGACGACUAAAAAAGAAAGAGGGAGGUCGUUAGCCGGGACGGGUAACGAGGAAGAGUGAGGGGUGUAUAGAGGGGUCGUCAGGGUGUUCCAAGUGAGUUGUUGUUCAUCAAGAAGGGGAAAGGUGGUAGAUAGACAUGGCGAAUUUGUUCUCAGGCAAGUUGGCUCGUCUCUUCGGGAUGGACGACACCCUGCCGUGGACCGACGCCGUCACAAUCGCGAAAUGCGAGGAGGAGUGUCUCCGUGACGAAUCUGAUAUCGAUAGCAGGAUGAAGCUGGCAUGGUCUCUUGUCCAUUCACAGCAGGUACCUGAUGUGCAUAGAGGGAUCGCCAUGCUUGAAGCACAGCUAGGUAAUAGGGCAGACGCAGCACGGACAAGGGAGACACUUUAUCUUCUGGCAGUUGGGCAUUUCCGCUCAGGCGACUACGCACGGAGUCGAAAUCUCCUUCAACAGGCUCUGCAGAUAAGCCCUAAUUUCCGCCAAGCGCAAGCUCUUAUGAAGAUGGUGGGUGACAGGAUUCAAGCAGAUGGAGUGAUUGGCAUGGGACUGGCAGCAGCUGCAGUUGGGGUUGUUGCUGGUGGUGUGGCGGCUCUUGUGGCGAGUGCAAGGAGAUAAACAAAGGCCCAAUUUUUUAAUGUGGCAGUGUAACAUGAAGCGAUCGAUUAUAUUGGUGCAGUUCAGGCGGACAAGGAGCGAUUGCAGCUUCUGAAGCAUGUCGUCGUGAAUGAAGAUAUGUGAAGCAGGGUGUGGUUCUUGGUGAGAUAAGGGUGUGGUUCUUCGUGAGAUAAACUAAGUUCAUGACACUACAGAUGGAGUGAGAUGAUGGAGUGUAAGGCACAUUUGUCUAUCUGGUCAGUUUUGGUUUAUAGUUGUUUGCCUGGUCACAGCGCCUGGUGGUUUGUGCCAGCGCUGGUGUUGGCUAUGCUUUCUCGCAGCAACUGCUUGUCGGCUCUAUUCCUGGUUGCGAAAGCGAGUACUUGACGCCCUCGUUUGUUAUAAGGAAUGAUCCGCUUCUUGGUAAUGCUUAUGCAGAUCUUCGGCUUGCUUCCCACCAUUGAUCGGUGGCGUGUGUGGUGUUGUCUGGAAGACGUGGCGCAUGUGGCAAUGGAUCCUGGGUUUUGGAUGGGGCGGAAGGAAAUUUGUAUUGUGUCUGUAAGUAAGCCUCACUUUGCCGAGCAAGCCGUCAAGGCUGUUGUGCUGCAGAGCAGAGGCAUACUGGUCGAUCUCUUUUUUUCCAUUACUGUGAAGCGUUAUUACUCAAGUUCAUCGGGGACGACUGCCCUCUGCAGGAAGGGUUGCGGUCCAAAACUUCAUAUCUCCGCAACUGUGAACCCUUCCAGUGUCACGCGAUUGCUCCCAAUGAACUCGAGUAAUGACAGUUUGCAGCAUUGGAAAAAGAGAUCGACCAGUAUGCCUCUGCUCUGCAGCACAACAGCCUUGACGGCUUGCUCGGUCCAGUGCCGCUUGGUAAUAGGUACCUUUCGUCCUUCAAAACCCGGCUGAGGAUCCAAUGCCAUGUGGCGCCAGGUCUUGAACACACACCCCGCAUUGCACCAAUCUAUGGUGGGAAGCAAAACGAUCUGCCUUAACAUUCUCGUUUGUGUUCGUGAGAAGUUGAUCGCCUCAUUUGUUGUAAGGAAUGAUACGCUUGCUCCUGUGGGCUUUUUGACAAACGGGCCUUGGCCAUCAAUUCAUCGCACUUUUCCGCUCAUUAUCAAGUUGCAGAAUCUGUAAAGCUGCACCUUCAUGGCACAGUCACAGAGGAGAGUGCGAAUUCGAAACGUUGUUUGUCGUUGUGAAGUGUUUGUCCACUUGGAUGGAUGGAUGAAUUAAUCAACAAGGACAGGGAUUUGCAGGGUAGAGAGAGAGAGAGAGAGAGAGAGAGAGAGAGAGAGAGAGAGAGAGAGAGAGAGAGAGAGAGAGAGAGAGAGAGAGAGAGAGAGGUAUUGGACUGUGGGGUGGUGUAAACAGGGAAGGCACGUCCUUGCGAUAAGGGUGUGCAAGAGUGUCAGUUUAGCUGUUACAUAGCAUGCGCUUCUGGAUGAUAUAAUUGCAGCGGAUGACUUUUUUAUUCUGUAACAUAGCAGAGGCUAGAGGGAGUGUCUCCGUCAUGUACCAUAUCAAAAUUCAAGAGGAUUAUUUCCUGUUGUGUAAGCAUAGCGGAGGCAACUGGUGUCUAUCACGUAGAUUUUUUAAGUCUCUGCUCCCUGCGAGGUAGCAUGCUGCCGUUCCUUCCUCUUGGAAUGGAGUUCUUGGUGGCGAUCUUGUAUUAUGCUUUUGGGUGUGUGCUAAUGGUGUAGCUAUGUCCAUCUCUGGAUAUAAGUAGUGGUUGACUAUGUGUGCAUGUGUGGGUGUGAACUCCUCGAGAGCAGUGAUAGAGACAGUAAUGUCCAAUGGUAGGAUGAAGAGACGGCUUUCAUGCAAAAUGUGUUGUGUGUACACAGACACCUUGUGGGGGGGGGAGGCGGGGGGGCUCGGCAGAGGAAGUUGCGUAUCAGGUGUGAUUUGUGCCUUAAGUUGCCCUUAACUCAUCGAGGGACGGGCCUGAACAGACAGAGCGACGAGGUAGGGAGAUAGAAGGAAGGACAUAUGAAAGGUGUUGUUCGUACACGGACCUCUUGUAUGUGUGCGGGCUCAGUGGAUGAAGGUGCUUGUCAGCUUCGAUGUGCCUUCACUCAUAGAGGGACUGAAGUCAGUGAAGAACACAUCAGGGCGAGGCGAUAGAAAUCAGAAGCUGUCAGUUAUGGCACUUGUGCUGGAGUGUUCUGCGCACUGUACUUGGUGGGGAACUUGGGGGGGAGAGAAAUCUGGAGCUGUUGGUUAUGGCGCUUGUGCUGGAGUGUCCUUCAGGGGCAUGCUUUCUUGGGGACCGGGUUGGGUGAGUGUGACACUGGCUUUCUCUUUUCUAGGACCUUGAGUGAACGGCACUGCCAGCGACCGUUGCUGGAAUUGAUCUUCUUCAAGUCAUCAACCGAUUCAACCCGCUAUCUUAUAUCGCUUCAAAGUUAAAAAUUGAAAUUAUAGAUUCUUCUUUCAUCAAAGUAAAGAGAUUGAGCACAC